AUGUCGUCCAUCGCAACAAUGAGCAUCUACACGUACUACCUACUAGCGCGCUCGCUGCACGUGGCGCCAUCUAUGGCCUUCUGCAUCAAAAUGAUGGGUUUCAUCACCUGCUCCGUCUACGUGUCAAUCCUGAGUUUCGCAGCAUGCGCGCUCGACCAGUACGUCGCCAUCGUGCAUCCGUUCGCCUACGCGCGGCUAGCGAGCAACAGACUCGCCGUCGGCAGCGUCGUCGGCAUCUGGCUGCUCUCGCUCGUCGUCGGGCCUCCUGCCCGGCGAUGGGCUGGAGCCGCGGCGACGCGACCCAAGUGCAGCAUCUACGAGGUCGUCGACGCGCCGUACACGAUACUCAUGGUGAGCGUCUCCUACUACAUGACGGCGCCGCUCAUCAUAUCGCUCUACGCGCGCACGUUCGUCGUCGCGCGUCGCCACAUCAAGGCGAUCUCGGCGCAGGCGUCGGCGCUGGCGGUCGGCGGCGCGCAGCGGCCGACGCAGCAGCCGAACGUGCGCAAGGAGCUCGACGUCGCCGUGACGAUCUUCAUCGCCGUCGUCGUGUUUCUCAUCAGCUGGUUCCCGUUCACGACGGCCGUGGUUCGUCAACAAGAUCGUCAUUGGAAAGGAGGUAUUAAGUACGGACUUGACUGGUCCGAUCGGAAUCGCCAACUCUUCUACAAUCGUCUCUACCAUGGCAUUGCUUUAUGA